UUUCUCUCUAUUCUCUUCCUAUAUUGUUUAGGUGUGGGUGUAAUUGAGAGUGCUAACCAUUUUUUUCCUUUCAUCUGUUCUUUUCGUAAUACAGGUAAUCGGGUACUAAACAAUGUGACUAAAUGUUCCCCUGCAAUCAACUAAAAUAAGUUCCUCUCUGUAUUUUCUGAAAUUAAUCCAUUUCAUUUUCUAUUUCUAUGGCAGAGUUACAUCCAGGCUUCAACCAUUCAAUUCAAUGGCGAAGGACAAAAAAGUUGAACUAAAAAAACUGAUCAUGGAAUUCAAGGUUUCAAUGCACUGUGAAGGUUGUCAGAAGAGCGUCGCCCAUGCCCUCUCCAAAUUUAAAGGAGUGGAAAAGUUCACCAUAGACCGGAACAAACACUGGGUUGUGGUGACGGGUCGGAUUGACCCAAAAAAAUUACUGAAGAAACUCAAGAAAACAACAAAGAUGACAGUGGAAAUUGCGUCUGAAAAGAAUGAGGAGUCCUGCUAUGAAUGUGUAAUGCAACAACAGUUUCUGCCUCCUAAUUGUUGCAUAAAAUGUGAAGACUUGAUGAUGAUGUUCAGUGAUGAGAACCCAAAUGCAUGUGUCAUACUGUAGUAACUAGUAAAUUAAAAUUAAAUUAAUCCUAGUAAUAGCAUAGGAAUCGUUACAGAGCCAUGAGACAAAUAAAACAUUCUUAGUUCUAUAUAUAGCAUGUACAUAAUGAAUUUUUUUCAAGCUUUUGCUUGGUAUGAUGUUGAUGUAAAACCGUAUUGAUUUGACUAAGUUU